AUGUUCCAUUCGACGCCGCAGCUGAAUUUUACACCUAAUCGUCAGUUCGAGCGGAAUGCAUUUUCUCCACCUCCGAUUGGGUCAAGAUAUAACGACUACCAUAGGCAAGAAUGGGUGCGAUCUCCGGAGCCUGUAAAUCUUCCACCACCGAUUCCACCACCUCCAGUCAACUAUAUUGGGCCGCAGGUUCCGAUCCAUCAUGCUCAGAAUCAACCCGACCGGACAAAUGGAUACUCUGAAAUGGUAUCCUUCCCAGCUUCCAAUGAUCAAUCACCAACCAUUCGGCAUCCACCUGUUAUUGCUCGAAAUCUUCAGCCCGUUCUCCCAGCUGAUUUCCAGCGCGUAUAUAAUUUGCCAGCUCCUCCUGAAGACCCUUUACCACAACAAGUAGAAGGGCCACAACGAAAUCGAGCUGUACCGUUGGGGACUGUUACCGAACUUGGGUAUUACAACAAUAAAUCUGGUCAGCAACCGCCUGCGUUAAACAGCAGUCUGAACCGAUCAUUCGCAAUCGUGUCGCGUCCCUUCUCUCCUCAAGCUACAAUCGUACAACCGGUACAACCAAUUCAACCUGUACUUGAAAAGCCGAUAGUUCACAACUCAAUCGUCAAACUAUCCCCGUCUAUCAGCAAUGCUUAUUAUGAAUCGGCACAAAUACCAAAUGAGAUUCCACGCCGUGAAGCUGCUCCUCCAAUGCCGAAGGCUCUUUCUUCACCAACAGAAGAAAGAAUACGUUCACCGGCACAAAUGUCAGCUUCACCCAUUGGAUCUGUAUACGAUAAUCAAGAAGCAGAGAUGAGGGCCAGAAAUCUUGCUCGCCAGCAUUAUCGAUCACCAUCCCCGCCUUGGAAACAGGGUCGUGCUCCCAGACCACAUAGCAUUCUCGUUAAGGGGAAUAAGCUGGAGGGCAAUAAGGCUAGCAAAAAAGUGGUCUUUGAUGUUGACGACAGUGAUGAAGAAUCGAUUCGACAAAAUCAGUUGAAGCAGGCUGAUGCGGAACUUGCUAUUUAUCAUUCGGAUGGAACAAAUGGUUACCGGGGUGAUUCCGGAAGCGCUGGUUCGGAUUCCGGUGAGCCGAAGCAUGUGCAAGAUUACGAUGAGGCCAUCUCCGAGAAUCUGCACAAGUUCGUCACCGUUUCAUCGGUGAUCGGCGGAGAUCUGGCUGCCGUGGCAAAUGCCUAUAAAGGAUUGUUCGAUCGCCAGCGCGAGUUUCUAUUCUUUGCCGCACGCAACAAGGAGCUGGACGCGGCCGGCAUCGACAAGUCGAUCCCCAUGCAGAAACUUAUUCAAGCCGUCCAAGAAAUCCACGGGCUCAAGGAUAAGAAUCGCAACAAUGAUCUCGUCAACCACUUUAAUGCUCUCGCUGAGGCUAGCGCUGCGGUCGGAUGGGUCAAGGAGAAGCCCAAGCCGGCCCCGUUGGUUAAGGAAAUCCUGGAAGCCGCGAAGUUCUACACGAACCGCAUUCGCCUCGCCUACAAGAAAACGAACGAAAACCACAUCGAAUGGGUGAAUGCCCUUGAGGGUCUGAUGACUAACCUUAAUGAAUUCAUCCGGAAGGUGCACACGACCGGACUUGUUUGGAAUUCGGCCCCGGGACCUUACACGCCACCAGCAUCGACCGCCCCGACGGCUUCGGCUUCUGCUCAUCCACCUGUCCCUGGUGGCCCUCCACCUCCGCCACCGCCGCCAAUGCCUACCGACCUCUUUGCCCCGGCCGCCAGCACUGGUGAUGCCGAGCGCACGAAGCGCGAUGCUUUGUUUGCGGCGCUGAAUCAGGGAGAGGGCAUCACGUCCAGCCUCAGGAAGGUCACAUCCGAUAUGCAGACCCACAAGAAUCCCGAACUUCGCGCGACUAGCACCGUGCCCGCCAAGAAUGCGCCUCCCCCGGUUCCGGGUGGACCGGCGGCUCGACCAGCCCCUGCUGUCCAGAAGCCGCCUAAGAUGGAGCUCCAGGAUGGCAAGCAAUGGAAUGUGGAAUACUACAAGGGUACCUCCGAGCCAGUGGUUGUCAACGUGACGGACAAAAAACAGACCGUCUACGUCUUCAAGUGUGAAAAUGCUACGAUCAAGGUGGCCGGCAAAUGCAACUCAGUGACACUGGAUCAGUGUAAGAAGGUGGCCAUCGUGUUCGACGCCAUUGUGGCCCAGGUCGAGACCAUCAAUUGUCAAUCGCUGCAAAUCCAGACGAUGGGUGAGAUGCCGACGGUUUCGGUGCAGAAGACUGAUGGAUGCCAGAUCUAUUUGUCGGAGGCGUCGAAGGGUGCCGAGAUCGUCACUUCAAAGAGCUCCGAAAUGAACGUUCUGGUCCCUGGUCCCGAUGGCGAUUUCAUCGAGCUCCCCGUCCCCGAGCAGUUCAAGACCGUCUUCCAAAACGGAAAGCUUGUCACCACCGUCUCCGAUAUUUGC